GUGCACUGGGAGCUGUGGGGCAGGCAAUGAGAGCUGCACUCUGGCCAGGGAAGGCAUGAGUGGCAGACCUGAAGCAAGGCAGUGGGGUAAGUGUGGACCUUUGUGUAGAAGAGAGAGCAUCAUGGUGGCCUUCAAAGGGGUCUGGACUCAAGCUUUCUGGAAGGCAGUCACAGCGGAAUUUCUGGCCAUGCUUAUCUUUGUUCUCCUCAGCCUGGGAUCCACCAUCAACUGGGGUGGAACGGAAAAGCCCUUACCUGUCGACAUGGUUCUCAUCUCCCUUUGCUUUGGGCUCAGCAUUGCAACUAUGGUACAGUGCUUUGGCCACAUCAGCGGUGGCCACAUCAACCCUGCUGUGACAGUGGCCAUGGUGUGCACCAGGAAGAUUAGCAUCGCCAAGUCUGUCUUCUACGUCGCCGCACAGUGCCUGGGCGCCAUCAUUGGAGCUGGGAUUCUCUACCUCGUCACACCUCCCAGUGUCGUGGGGGGCUUGGGGGUGACCACGGUUCAUGGAAGUCUUUCUGCUGGUCACGGUCUCCUGGUGGAGUUGAUAAUCACAUUUCAGCUGGUGUUUACUAUUUUUGCCAGCUGUGAUUCCAGACGGACUGAUGUCACUGGUUCAGUAGCUUUAGCAAUUGGAUUUUCUGUGGCAAUUGGACAUUUAUUUGCAAUCAAUUACACUGGUGCCAGCAUGAACCCUGCCCGAUCCUUUGGACCUGCGGUUAUCAUGGGAAAUUGGGAAAACCACUGGAUAUAUUGGGUUGGACCAAUAAUAGGAGCUGUCCUCGCCGGUGGCCUUUACGAGUAUAUCUUCUGUCCAGAUGUUGAACUCAAACGUCGUUUUAAAGAAGCCUUCAGCAAAGCUGCCCAGCAAACAAAAGGGAGUUACAUGGAAGUGGAGGACAACAGGAGUCAGGUAGAGACUGAUGACCUGAUCCUAAAACCUGGAGUGGUGCACGUGAUUGACAUUGACCGGGGAGAGGAGAAGAAGGGGAAAGACCCGUCCGGAGAGGUGUUGUCUUCAGUAUGACUAGAAGAUGGCACUGAAAGCAGACAAGAACACUUAGAACUGUCCUCAGAUUUCCUUCCACCCAUUAAGGAAACAGAUUUGUUAUAAAUUAGACAUGCGCAGGGUCAUUGGUUCUUGCCUCAUUAUUCAGUCUAGACAAGAAAUGUUUCACUAUUCUACCAAGGACGAAUGGAAGAAACCUAUUGUGAAUUCCAAAUCUAAAAACAGAGGUCUUUUUAAAGUGUCCCCAGAGCAAAUAGGCAUCUAGUUUAUCUUAUUGCCAUUCAUUAAUUAUCAGUUUAAAAUGAGUAUCAAGAUUUGGUUAAGUCUUGCCCGACAGAACUUAUAGACAUACCUAUCAGCUUAUUCCUCCUCUACCAUGAAACCGGUAUUUGUCAAUCCUCGUUUGAGUGUUUUUUCCAGUAAGCCAAAACAAUGUGCCACAGAAUCGUGCACAUUCAACAGAGGAAAUAUAACAAGCUCUUUUGUGGGCAGUCCCCUCUAAAAAACUACCUCGGCAAAAGAAUAUUAACAAGGGUCAUUGCUAAUGAAUUAUUUCCAUUUAUAUUUCAAAUACCCAGCUUUCAACCUGAACUCUAAUUCAUAAUAUUCCUUCCUCUUCUUCAGUGCCCAGGGUAAUGUGGAAAGCCCAGAAAUUUGAAGAAUGUUCGGAAACCCUUUAUAUUUUUUAGUUCUAUCUGAUAAAAUAUCCAAAUCGUAAGAAAUACCUAUUAAGAUUCAGGACAAACAGACUCAUAAGAUCUUAUGGGAGUGGAGGAAAAAUUACCAUUAUAAAAAAAUCAUAAGGAAAGAGGCAAUCCAUAUUCUGGAAUCAAAGAGUUGAUCUGUUUUCAGUGCACAUCCUCAAAUACACCACAUGAGGUUAACGAUCUAUGCUUUUAACUACUUAACCAUUUUGCUUAUAUUUUUUAAUUUAUUGGCAAAACGGGGGGUUUUGUUUGUGACUUUGGUUAUCUAUAUUUAAACAUUAGCUGAGAUUUCUUUUUGAUAACAAGAACAUAACUAGCUGAAUCCUGACUUUUUGUGAUUAAGCUCUGCUCACUCUGAAAGAUAAAAACUGGCUGUCCCUGUCCCCGUUUCUGCACUCUGUCACUUCUCAUGAGAUUUGGUGAUAAUCUUCACCGUGCCUGUGAUGAUAUUUUAAUGAAUUAAAAUGCACGAGAGACAAGGAAGGCCAUGGUUGCAGACUAAAGGGAGAAGGCAUCAGAACACUCUGCAUUCAAAGCUGACUAGAUGACCAAUCGUUUAUUUGUAGAGAUAUUGUACGUCGUAAUGAAAUACAUCUUUAAGGUAUUUUCAUUACCGACUCAUUUGUCAGAAUACUUUGCUCUUCCUGUACUGCUGUGCCUUAAGUUGGGAGAAUGGUCUCUGGAAACCCCAGUCUCUAUCAUCUUAACCUAAACUUUAUCUUAGACAAAGAGCUGCAAAUGUCAAUUUCACUGAACAAAAGCUAGUAGUGGAACAAACACCCAUCACUGCAAAGAAUGGCUUAAAAUAAGCUGAUAAUCAAGGACUUUCUUCUCCCACGCGUAGUUCCAACUGUGUGCCACUUUUUAGUGUUAAUGGCAGUUGUGUGUCUGUGGCAGUGAGAUAAUGGACCACUGUUAAACCUGAUUCUCUUCGGUGCUAGGAAAGUGAUGCGCAAGGUUCCCAAGGAGCCAUCACUCCAGUGCAGUGCUUGGGAGUGCCAUUGGUGGUUUGUUUUGUUUUGUUUUGUUUUGUUUUGUUUUGUUUUGUUUUAUGGCAGAUUCCUAAAUCCCAGGUGCCUUUCUCAGAUGUGUGGCCAACCACACCCUCCACCAGUGACGCCCAUCCUUUCCUGUUUGGAGCUGCUUCUAUAGAAGUAGGGUGAGAUUCUAAGGAUGGCUUGUGACUUUUCUGUUCAAAUGUUUGCACAAAAUACCACUAAAGGCUUAAAAUAGGGGCGAGGGUGGGGGGUUGGUGUUCAGCUCAAAAGAUAAUUCUAUCAACCAGCAGCAAGCAUAUUAGCUCAAAAGGAAGCGACGUUAGCAAGGGAAAGUUAAACAGAUUUUUUUGAAUACGCUUACAAUUUACUGGCUUACAAUCAUUUUUAUUCAGCCAUAUGGUUUACUUCUUAUGCACUCACUUUUAUACUCACUUCCAUUUAGAGUAUUUAAUAGGUUAGUGCUGUAAUAAAAAAAAAAAGGCAUGAAUGAUGUUUUUGUAGUUCGUUUUCCAUAGAGUGCCUGGCACUUAGUAGGUAUGUGUUAGUUAAUAAAAA